AUGCGUUGUGGACCCCUGUGCCGAUUCCUGUGGCUUUGGCCCUAUCUGUCCUACAUUGAAGCUGUGCCCAUCCGAAAAGUCCAGGAUGACACCAAAACCCUCAUCAAGACGAUUGUCACCAGGAUCAAUGACAUAUCACACACGCAGUCCGUCUCCUCCAAACAGAGGGUCACUGGUUUGGACUUCAUCCCUGGGCUCCUCCCUGUCCUGAGUUUGUCCAAGAUGGACCAGACAUUGGCGAUCUACCAACAGAUCCUCACCAGUCUGCCUUCCAGAAAUGUGAUCCAAAUAUCUAAUGACCUGGAGAACCUCCGGGACCUUCUCCACCUGCUGGCCUCCUCCAAGAGCUGCCCCUUGCCCCAGGCCAGAGCCCUGGAGACCUUGGAGAGCCUGGGCGGCGUCCUGGAAGCUUCCCUCUACUCCACGGAGGUGGUGGCCCUGAGCAGGCUGCAGGGGUCUCUGCAGGACAUGCUGCGGCAGCUGGACCUCAGCCCUGGGUGCUGA